AUGCUCCGGUCCGGAAGCCACCAGGCCAGCAGGGCCUUCAAGGCCGUGGCACAGUCACAAUCAAAACGGUCAUUCACCACAUCAAGUGCUCUGGCGACGGCCUCAAGACGGAGGGCGGUUCACUCCACAGCCAGGAAUUCUGCAGCCGCCACCGCAUCACAACCUACAUCUUCCGAGGUCCGGUCGAAGCCCAGUCCCUCCUUCAACGCCGCGACAAGAAACCAUGUCGAGCCCCUGGCCGAGAAGGCCUCUGACAUGGACGAGUCGUUCAUCGGCAAGACUGGAGGAGAGAUCUUCCACGAGAUGAUGCUGAGGCAGAAGGUGGAGCACAUCUUUGGCUAUCCCGGCGGUGCUAUCCUCCCCGUUUUCGACGCUAUCUACAACUCAAAACACUUCGACUUCAUUCUUCCAAAACAUGAGCAGGGAGCUGGGCACAUGGCCGAGGGCUACGCCCGCGCCUCCGGGAAGCCAGGUGUCGUCCUGGUCACCUCUGGCCCCGGUGCUACGAAUGUUGUCACCCCCAUGGCAGAUGCUCUUGCUGACGGCAUACCCCUGGUUGUCUUCACUGGGCAGGUCCCCACCAGCGCGAUCGGAAGCGACGCGUUCCAGGAGGCAGACGUCAUUGGUAUCUCGAGGGCGUGCACCAAGUGGAAUGUGAUGGUUAAGAGUGUUGCCGAGCUGCCCCGGAGGAUCAACGAGGCCUUCGAGAUCGCCACCAGCGGCAGGCCCGGGCCUGUUCUCGUCGACCUCCCCAAGGACAUUACAGCCGGUGUCCUGAGGCGGGCUAUUCCUACUGAGUCAGCCCUGCCCUUCCUUCCCAGUGCCGCUUCGCAAGCCAUGGCAGAGCUCAGCAGGAAGCAGCUGCAGGCUUCCAUUCGUCGCGUGGCCGACCUGAUCAACAUUGCCAAGAAGCCGGUCAUCUAUGCUGGCAAUGGUGUCAUCUGCUCGGAGAAUGGUCCUGCUAUGCUGAGGGCUCUGGCUGACAAGGCUUCUAUACCCGUUACAACCACCUUGCAGGGCAUGGGCUCAUUCGACGAGCUGGACGAGAAGUCCCUGCACAUGCUGGGCAUGCACGGCUCAGCGUACGCCAACAUGUCCAUGCAGGAGGCCGAUUUGAUCAUUGCUCUGGGCGGACGAUUCGACGACCGUGUCACCCUGAGCGUCCCAGGCUUCGCCCCUGGCGCCAAGGCCGCGGCGGCCGAGGGUCGUGGCGGUAUUGUGCAGUUCGAGAUCAUGCCCAAGAACAUCAACAAGGUCAUCCAGGCCACCGAAGCCGUCGAGGGCGACGUGGCGACUAACCUGGACAUCCUGCUGCCAAUGGUCCAAUCCAAGACCAUGGAGGACCGCAAGGAAUGGUUCGGACAGAUCAACGCCUGGAAGAAGAAGUGGCCCAUGAACGACUUCGAGAGGGCUGGGGAUUCCGGGCGCAUCAAGCCUCAGGAGAUGAUUGAGCAGCUGUCCGAUCUGUGCAAGGACCGGAAGGAGAGCACGUAUAUCGCCACCGGUGUUGGUCAACACCAGAUGUGGACCGCUCAACACUUCCGCUGGAGGCACCCACGCACCCUGAUCACCUCGGGCGGUCUGGGUACCAUGGGCUUCGGUCUGCCCGCCGCCAUCGGUGCCAAGGUCGCCAAGCCCGACUCCUUGGUCAUCGACAUCGACGGAGACGCUUCCUUCUGCAUGACCCUGACAGAACUCAGCACCGCCGCCCAGUUUAACAUUGGCGUCAAGGUGAUCAUUCUGAACAACGAGGAGCAAGGCAUGGUGACGCAGUGGCAGAACCUCUUCUACCAGGACCGUUACAGCCACACCCACCAGAAGAACCCUGAUUUCAUGAAGCUCGCGGAUGCCAUGGGUCUCGCCCACAGGCGCGUGUCGAAGCCUGAAGAGGUGGCCGACAGCCUGAAGUGGCUGAUUGACACUGAUGGCCCAGCUGUGCUGGAGGUCAUUACGGAUAAGAAGGUGCCUGUCCUGCCCAUGGUGCCUGCAGGUCAUGCCCUGCACGAGUUCAUCACAUGGGAUGCUGCCAAGGACAAGGCCCGAAGAGAAACGAUGAGGGAGCGAACCGGAGGUCUGCAUGGCAACUGA